GCCUCAUCUAUCGUUUUUUUACCGCUACAGUGCCUUUGUGUUAACAUUUUUAUGCAUAUUUAUUAAUUUAAAGCCAAUAAAUGUUACAGUAGCUAUGGCAGAUCAAGUGCAGUUCAAAGUUUUUGCGUUUUGGAGUGAAAAUUCUAAACCAGAAAUUCGGCGAUUUGGAGUGGGACCAUCUGUGGUAACAAAUUUUCACUAUCUCAAUGCUAAACUUCAAGAUGUUUAUCCUGGCCUUAAGGGAAAGAGCUAUUCUGUGAAUUGGAAAGAUGAAGAUGGAGAUGAUGUUAUCAUUUCUUCAGAUGAAGAGUUGAUGACAGCUUUGACAGUGUUGCAUGGUGAUCUCAUCAGGCUUCAUAUUAAUGUUAUGAGUGAUGGUCCUAAGGAUGAUAGCUGUGAUAUUAUCUUUACUGCUAUUGGUGAUAACCCAACUGUCGUAGGUCCCUGUACUUUGACACACUAUGGAGUGGUAUGUGAUGCCUGUGAUUCUGCGGUGGUGGGAUUCCGCUACAAAUGUAUCUCUUGUGAUGAUUACGACCUGUGUUCAAAGUGUGAGGCAUCAGGCCUACACCCUGACCACUGCAUGAUGCGAGUACCGAAUCCUGUUAUGUCUCGCCAUCUUAUCAAAUCUGCUAUUAAGAGGUCACGCCACUUUUUGAAGACCGUUGCUGGUACCGUGAACGAUAACAGUAACUAUCCUAAGAGGCACAGGCGUGACAGAAGCGGAGAUAGACACCACCGCGGUGACCGUCGUCACGGUGAUCAGAAUUGCGGCGAUCACCAACGUAGACCGCGCAGCAGCUGGCUUGAGACAUUUGCCACUUAUAUGAAUGAGUUUGCGAACUUAGCUGGCGAUGUCGGCGUCGACGUUGAUCAGUCGAAACCAACAGAACCUAAGACGCAAGAACAGCAACAGGCUACAACUGCUCCUAAUGUUUACCAAACUCCACCAAAAGAAGACAUGCCGUCUACUUCUAAUACUAACAUGCCCAAGUGUCCAUUUGUACCAGGCAUGGAAAAUAUUCCAAAGCUUAUUGAGGCUUACUUCAAUGGGACUUUGGCAUCCGAACUACAACAACAUGCCCAAAAGGCUCAACAGGCCCAAACAGCUCAGCAGGGCCAGUCUGCUCAACAGGAUCAACCUACGCAACAGGCCCAAUCUACGCAACAGGCCCAACCAACCUCUGAUGACCGUGAAUGCCCAGUUUUACCUAGUGCAGAAAUUAUUUCAAAGAUUCUCCAGGAUUACUUUAGUGGACCUCUGGCAUCAAACCAGCCACAGAAUCAACCAGCUCAACCGACCGCUAAUGCAUCGGCUUCAUCUAAUGACAAUGAUGUGGAGAUGACCCAAUCAGAGCCGAUUCCGAAAGAAGCUGAUAAACUUAGUGUUAAGUCUGAAGAUUCUGCUUCCGGUAUUGCAGCAAGGGAUGCAUCACCCGAGAAAGUUGAUGGAUGGACUAUGAUUCAUAAAGAUAAAGAUUUGAUGGAUGGUUAUGACAAACCGAGUGCUCCUGCUGAACCUUCGACUCCCAUUGGCUUCAAUUUGCCACAAGAAUUCCAACAGCGCGUCACAAUCGGCGAGGGUCAACACCUCUAUCCUCCACUACAUGCCGCUGCCGCAGUGUUAAAUCCCAAAGAGUCGGGAACCCUUCCAACGCCUCUGAGACCUCAACCUGCUAAACCAGCCCAACAAACUCAGUCUCCAACAAAUCAACCUGCUCCGAGUGCCAAUAAGCCACAAGGUCAACCACAGACUUUCUCUCAACCUCAGCCACAUCCAAAACCACAUAUUGAAGCCGCUAUCAAGCAAAUGCUAGCCAUGGGUUUUACUAACGAAGGCGGAUGGCUGACGCAACUACUCGAAAGCGUCGACGGCAAUAUUGCAGCAGUCAUGGAUCUCUUGACACCAGUCAAGUCUAAAUAAACUAUUAUCAACCUUCUGUCAAUGGGUAUAAGGUCAACAGUUCAGCAUUUUGGCCAGUUUUCAUUAUAUGUACGUGAAUUAUGUUGACCUUAUUAUUAUUAAUCAAAAUAUUUGCUUAUAUACUGCGGUCAGCUGUCUUUCUGAAUCUGCAUUUUUAUUUACAUGCCUAAUACUAUACAACGACUUAAUAUCAUCGUUCAUUAAUUUGUUAUAUAUGACGUAAAUUUUUUCUCUUUAAAUGACAAUUUCAUGUGUCAGUCAUGUCUAGAAAAUGGACGCAUUGAACGCAUUUUUGAUCUUAGUGGCUGGUUCACACAUAUUAAGUUGAUGAGUAGUUAACUAAAUUGUUAACUUUAUUUUAUAAUGGCUGGUUUCAUGUUACAACUAGUAACUGGUUUUCACGUACCAGUCAUAAGUAACCUUUACUAGAAAUUAUAAGUAUUGUAUAAUAAUCGUUAUCCAUAUACUUAGAAGGACCGCUCGAAGCUAAUUCGUAACUAUAGACUUCGAUUCGCCUUGGCGUUAAUUCGUUCAACGUGUAUGCGCUAAUACGGAGCUUUCACAUAUAGGCAGCUAUAACUAAAACGUCUAUAUUUGAAAACGCACUUAUUAUCUAUAGUCGAAAAGAUGACGAACUGUCAGUCUUUAGUUUUACAGUGUUAUUAAUAAACAAAGUUUAUUGUUACAGUAAAUUUACGCUGAGACUGCACUUAGUCAAAAUUCAUAUUAUUAAACAGUAACUUAGCGAAGGUUAACCUAGU